AUGGUGAAGAGGAAUGUCGCUAGGAAUUCCAUCGGGGCGGUCACUAGGGCGGACGGGACUGUUAUAACUGCUGCCGAGGGUAUUGCCCAAGAGUUCGUUGAUUACUACACAUCACUCUUGGGCACCGAGGCUCACACCCUCCCUGUCGACGAUGGUGUGUUUGAAUGGGGCCCCAUACUCACCUCCGAGCAUACUGCGGAGCUUUGCCGGGCAGUCACACCGUUGGAGGUCAAGGAUGUCAUAUUCCACAUUAGCGCAACAAGGCUCCCGGCCCAGAUGGAUAUUCCUCGUGCUGUUUCAAGAAAGCAUGGAACAUUGAGUGGGCGGAUGCUACGGCAGCUCAACCACACUAUCAUUGCCCUUGUGCCGAAAUCAGAUCAUUCCACCUUUGUUGUGGAUUACCGGUCGAUUUCGUGCUGCAAUGUGAUCUACAAGGCCAUCACGAAAAUCAUCUCGGACCGGCUAGCGCCUGUUUUGGAGCAUUUGAUUGAUCGAUGCCAAGCAGCGUUCGUUGGCGGCCGCAAUAUCACCGACAAUAUUUUUCUGGCCCAAGAAAUGGUGCGGCAGUACUCGAGGAAACGGAUUUCACCUCGAUGUACUAUCAACGUCGACCUACGCAAGGCAUUCGAUUCGGUCUCAUGGUCAUUUCUCGCUCGAGUGCUUCACGGGUAUGGUUUUCCACCACUGUUUAUAAAUUGGAUUAUGGAAUGCAUUUGCAGUUCUUUUUCAGUGGCGUUGAACGGCUCCAUUCACGGGUUUUUUUCGGGGAAGAAAGGCCUAAGGCAAGGAGACCCGAUGUCGCCGGCCCUCUUCCUUCUUUGCAUGGAAUAUUUCAAAGGCCUAAGGCAAGGAGACCCGAUGUCGCCGGCCCUCUUCCUUCUUUGCAUGGAAUAUUUCUCUCGACUAGUCAAGAGGAAAACAACCAAUUCGCACUUCAACUUCCACCCCAAGUGCGAGAAGCUGAAAAUCACGCACCUCUUCUUCGCCGACGACCUCAUGCUUUUCUCUCGUGGCGACCUUCCAUCUAUCCACGUCUUGAUGGAAUGUCUCCAAGAGUUCAGGGACACAUCCGGCCUCACCGUCAAUACCUCGAAGUCAAGCAUUUUCACAGCGGGCAUCCAAUAUGAGGAGCUUGACGGGAUUCUCGCCCGAACGGGAUUUGCGUUGGGGGUGGAGUGCUUCUGGCUCCAAGUUUUCCCACUUCCAGCAGCGGUCAUCGAGAAAAUCCACCGACUUUGCAGGAACUUUCUAUGGAACUCUCGAAGGGCACCGGUCGCUUGGGAGGAAAUCUGCCAUCCCAAGGAAGAAGGUGGACUCGAAAUUCGACACAUACAGUCUUGGAACGUGGCCCUCCUUGCCCGUGUAUUAUGGAACAUUCACCGCAAGGCAGACACAUUGUGGGUGCAGUGGGUCAACGGUGCCUACCUUAGAGGCGCAUCAAUCUGGGACUGGCAAUCGAAGAAGGGGGAUUCUCCACUCCUCCAACGGCUUGCCGAUAUUCGCAACAGGGUGGUCACUGAUUUUGGGUCUCCGGAGGCAGCAAUUGUAGAAAUGACGAGAUGGUCCACCCCGAAGGGUCUCCAAACGUCGAGAGCUUAUGAGUACUUCAGGCCGAAACUUGCGAGGCAGCCUUGGAAAGCGGCUAUAUGGAAGGCAUUUAUCCCACCGAAGUACUCAUUCAUCUUGUGGCUUGGCUUGCGCGGUAGACUAGCUACAAGGGACAGACUUGGAUUCCUCCAAGAGGAGGAUUUGUGCUCGCUAUGCAUCAAUACCAAGGAAUCGGCUAAGCAUCUUUUUUUUGAGUGUCCGUUCAGCAACUUCGUUUGGGCACGCAUCCGGCACUGGAUUGGCAUUAACCGGACUAUGUCAACCCUUCAAAGUGCGGUCAAGUGGCUCAAGAAGGAGAAGACAGGUUCUUCCGUGCAGAACAAAGCGCGACACCUCGCUUUGGCAUGCACGGUGUACACACUUUGGAGGCAGCGCAACGAAGUCAUUUUCGAGGGGUCAACGGCCUGUCCCGAGAGGCUUAUAAAUUUAGUCAAGGUUACAUUGUAUAGGGUCCUUUGGACACUCUUCCCACACGGUUUUGAUCGUUCUUAA